AUGGCAAACCAACAGCAUCGUGAGAACCUCGAAGAUGAACUUCACAUCGAGGUUCUUCCGGGUACAGAGAUCAUGACAGAUGUUGGUAAAGAACACUUUGUCAAGACCAAAGAGUCACAUACGGUUUUAAUUCCACAGCCGUCCAGCGACCCACAUGAUCCUCUCAAUUGGAAGCCUCUCUGGAAGUUUUCUGCAAUAUUCUGCGUAUCAACCAUGACCUUCACCCAAGGCUUUGCACCACUGGCCCUUGCGCCCAUGUUCCCUUACAUGAUUCGGGAUUACAAUAGUAACCUUGAGGAUGUUAUCCAAUUCACUGGUGUCACCAUUCUCAUUCUUGGAUUUAGCAAUUUUGUCUGGGCACCUAUCUCUACAUCCUUCGGCCGUCGACCAGUAUACCUCGCCUCGCAACUCAUCUGCCUCGCCUGCCACGUUAUCAGAGCCAAGGCAUCAACAUAUGGUGUUUUUAUGGGGGCUUGCGUACUUAACGGAAUCGGAGCCGGACCUUCUGAAAUCCUUCAACCAGCUGUCAUCGCCGACAUCUUCUUCCUCCACGAUCGCGGAACAUGGAAUGCGCUAUAUUGGGUUGUCUACAUGGGAUCACUCAUGAUAGCACCCAUCAUCGCUGGCCCGAUGGCAGGAAGCGUUGGGUGGCAGAACUUCUGGUGGCUCAAUGUCGCUGUGACCAGCCUUUCCAUUAUUCUUGGAGUCUUCGGAUUUCCUGAGACCAAGUGGACUCGUGCUGGUAUAGUGGAAGCCGAAGCAGUUGUUGGCGAUCGAGGCGACGUUACUAUCGAGAACGACAAAGCCACACACACCCAGGGAGAUGUUGAGAAAUCUACCGACUCUCCAGACCAGUCCCAUCUCGAAGCUGUGCUUGAUCCUCAGCUUGGUAAAGGUUCUCCAUCUAAGAAACAGUGGAUGUUGUUCCAAUCCAACUCCUCGCCUCUCCGAAGUAUUCUGGUGGAUGUUUGGACUCCGUGGCGACUAUUCACAUAUCCCAUCGUACUCUUCGCUUCUUUUGUUGUCAGUUGGAGUUGCAGCAACUUCUUGAUCCUCAACCUCACACAGUCUCAAGUCUUUGCUGCCCCUCCCUACAACAUGAGCUCGCAGUCAAUUGGCUUUCUCAAUUUCGCCAUUCUUGUUGGUGCGCUCAUAGGGCUCGUCACUGCCGGGCCGUUCAGUGAUUGGGUUUCUGCCAAAGCUACGACUAGAAAUGGUGGCAUUCGUGAACCGGAGAUGCGUUUGCCGGCCAUGAUUCCCUAUGUUAUCAUCAUGAUAUUCGGGAACAUUAUCACGUCUAUCGGCUACGAGCGACAUUGGCCUUGGCCAGUCAUUGCUGUACUGGGCUAUUCGUCGGCUGGUAUACAGGUCGCUGCCCUGCCUAGUAUUGCCAGCACAUACGCCGUUGACUGCUACAAGCCCGUCACCGGUUCUCUAUUUGUUGCUAUCACUGUCAACAAGAGUCUCUGGGGGUAUGGGAUGGGUCGAUUUGUCACCCCAUGGACCAUCAAGUCUGGAUUUAUUCCUGUCUUCAUGACCAACAUGGCACUCACAACGCUUUUCUGUGGACUUGGCGCUGUGUUCUACUUUUAUGGCAAGACCUUUCGCCGAUGGACUAGGAAUAGUAACGUCCAUGAGGUUGAGUAG